GCCGCGGGACCCGAGCAGACCAGACCCGACCCGGCCGCCCGAGGCCGCCCGGGGCCUAGCAGCCGCUUGCGGGGGCGCCGAGCAACUUCGGUUGGUCAGCACGUUGACGCAAGUUGCCUUUUGACAUAGUUGUCACCAUGGCCGGCUGGUAGGACCAGCAUUCCCAGCUCAGAUAGUUCAGAAUGACUGAAGAAGCAUGCCGAACACGGAGUCAGAAACGAGCACUUGAACGGGACCCGGCAGAGGAUGAUGUGGAGAGCAAGAAAAUAAAAAUGGAGAGAGGAUUGUUGGCUUCAGAUUUAAAUGCUGAUGGAGACUUAAGAGUGAUGCCUGAGCCGGGAGCAGGCCCAGCCCAAGGGUUGCUGAGGGGAGCAGAGGCGACGGCCAUGGGCAGAGGCGAAGGGCAGGCAGGCGAUGGGCCCGUGGAUAUGCGCACCUCACACAGUGACAUGAAGUCCGAGAGGAGAGCCCCCUCGCCUGACGUGAUCGUGCUGUCUGACAGUGAGCAGCCCGCAAGCCCGCUAGUGAACGGGCUGAUGAAGGAGGCCUUGAAGGAGACCAGCACCGAGGCCCUCAUGAAAAGCAGUCCUGAAGAACGAGAAAGAAUGAUUAAGCAACUGAAAGAAGAGUUAAGACUAGAAGAAGCAAAACUCGUUUUAUUGAAAAAGUUGCGGCAGAGUCAAAUACAAAAGGAAACCACUGCCCAGAAGCCCGCAGGCUCCACUGGGAGUGUCGUGACCACCCCUCCCCCGCUAGUUCGGGGCGCCCAGAACAUUCCUUCCGGCAAGCCAUCGCUUCAGGCCUCUUCGACUCGAAUGCCUGGCAGUGUCAUCCCGCCGCCCCUGGUCCGUGGUGGACAGCAGGCGUCCUCAAAGCUGGGGCCACAGACGAGCUCACAGGUCGUCAUGCCCCCACUUGUCAGGGGGGCCCAGCAAAUCCACAACAUCAGACAACAUUCCAGCACGGGGCCACCGCCACUCCUCCUGGCCCCCAGGGCAUCUGUGCCUAGUGUGCAAAUUCAGGGACAGAGGAUCAUCCAGCAGGGCCUCAUCCGCGUCGCCAACGUCCCCAGCACCAGUCUGCUUGUCAACAUCCCACAGCCCUCCCCAGCAUCGCUGAAAGGGACGACAGCCACUUCUGCUCAGGCCAACUCCACCCCCACCAGCGUGGCCUCUGUCGUCACCUCUGCUGAUUCUCCAGCCAGCCGGCAGGCGGCCGCCAAGCUUGCGCUGCGCAAACAACUGGAGAAGACACUGCUCGAAAUCCCCCCUCCCAAGCCCCCGGCCCCAGAGAUGAACUUCCUGCCGAGCGCUGCCAACAACGAAUUCAUCUAUCUGGUUGGCCUAGAGGAGGUGGUGCAAAACCUGCUGGAGACACAAGCAGGCAGGAUGUCAGCUGCUGUUGUGCUGUCCCGAGAGCCCUACAUGUGUGCCCAGUGCAAGACGGACUUCACGUGCCGCUGGCGGGAGGAGAAGGGUGGCGCCAUAAUGUGUGAGAACUGCAUGGCGUCCAACCAGAAGAAGGCGCUCAAGGUGGAGCACACAAGCCGGCUGAAGGCCGCCUUUGUGAAGGCGCUGCAGCAGGAGCAGGAGAUCGAGCAGCGCCUCCUGCAGCAGGGCACUGCCCCCGCGCAGGCCAAGGCUGAGCCUGCUGCUGCCCCGCACCCUACGCUGAAGCAGGUCAUAAAACCCCGGCGUAAGUUGGCGUUCCGCUCAGGAGAGGCCCGCGACUGGAGUAACGGGGCUGUGCUACAGGCCUCCAGCCAGCUGUCACGGGGCUCGGCCACCACACCUCGAGGUGUCCUGCACACAUUCAGCCAGUCGCCCAAACUGCAGAACACAGCCUCGGCCACAGCCCUUGUUAGCAGGACGGGCAGACAUUCCGAGAGAGCUGUGAGUGCUGGCAAGGGCAACACCACCUCCAACUGGAAGAAGGCACCUCUGAGUACAGGCGGGGCCCUUGCGUUUGUCAGCCCAAGCUUGGCAGUGCACAAGACCUCCUCGGCCGUGGACCGCCAGCGAGAGUACCUCCUGGACAUGAUCCCACCACGCUCCAUCCCCCAGUCGGCCACAUGGAAAUAGUGCGAGCCGGGCCCAGUGGAGAACAGGCUCCCUUCUCCCUCCCACCUGGCCCUGCCACCCUCCGCUUGGGAAGACACCAUGCUCCCCGAGAGAGCGAGCCAGUACCAGCUGUGCUGCAGAAGGGAGACCUCCGUUCAUUGGCUGCAAAGUCUCGUCGCAGCUGGGGGGGCACUUCACAGGUGGAUGAGGAUUAUCACUGGGGGACCUUCCCUAUGGGCUUUCUUCCUUUCUUUGCCUUUAGUUUGCCCAACACCAGCAGAAAAGCAGACCUCAGGGGCUGGUUCUGCUCCCAGCCCUCCCCUUCGGCCCCCAGCAGGGCACAUGGAUGGCUCACCCUGGACACUGUGACAUGCUUGGGCGAGACCAGCGCCCAGGGCUUCUGAAGUCAAGUGGAGCGUUCUGUUUUGUUUUUGCUUUUCCCUAUCUUACCCUCCCAGUCUUUGGCUGCCUUCCUUCGUGGCAAUCUCUAGGUUGACAUUUUUUUUUUUUAAUCACCUCAUGAUGAUGGAGUUUAAAGUAAACCUUGCAUACCCAAGGGUCCCUGCCGAGCACAGCCCCCACGCCCGGAGAGUGGGCCGCUGACCAUCCAACCCUUGCUCCAUCAGAAGGCCUCUGUUGCUGCUCAUCCCAGAGACCCCUGACCUCCCACACUUCGCAGAAGAACAAACUGCAACCCAGACCCAGCCUGGGAGCCCAGGAGCCCCGUGUCGCUGAACAAGGAGGCAGGAGAGAAUCAGCAGCGACAUCCAGAGCCUGAGUGUGAAGUUGGAGGGGCAGGCUGUUGUUUUUGUUGUUGUUGUUGUGGUUUAUUUUAUUAAAUGUUUUCCUUUUCUUUU